CGCCGGCGGCGGAGCCCGCUCGGGAGCCGCGGCGGCGGGCAGCGCGGCGGACCCAGUACUAUGGCUGUGUAUUGCUAUGCACUCAACAGCCUGGUGAUCAUGAAUAGCGCCGAGCAGGUGAAGAGCGGAGGCCCCCGACCCAGCAGCAGCGAGACGCCCCCGCCGCCGGGCAGGGCCGUGCUGAGCCCCGGCAGCGUUUUCAGCCCCGGGAGAGGCGCCUCUUUCCUCUUCCCACCCGCCGAGUCGUUGUCGCCCGAGGAGCCCGGGAGCCCCGGGGGCUGGCGGAGCGGCCGGCGCAGGUUGAGCGGCGGCAGCUGCAGCAGCGUGGGCAGCCCGAGUUGGCCGGGCCGCCCGCGAGGGGACGGGCAGCAGGUGGUGACCGCCGGGUCCCUCUCCCCUCCGGGGCCGGAGGAGGCCCAGAGGAAGCUGCGAAUCCUGCAGCGCGAGUUGCAGAAUGUGCAGGUGAACCAGAAAGUGGGCAUGUUCGAGGCGCACAUCCAGGCGCAGAGCUCCGCCGUCCAAGCGCCCCGCAGCCCGCGUCUGGGCAGGGCUCGCUCGCCCUCCGCCUGCCCCCUCCGCAGCAGCAGUCAGCCCCCAGGGAGGGCCCUGGCUCAGAGCGAGGAACGGAGGACAAAGUCGUGGGGGGAGCAAUGUCCAGAGACUGCAGAGACCGGCUUCUCGGCCGGGAGAGGAAGAGCGCCGGGCCUGUGCCUCUCCGAGGGCGACGAGGGGGUGGCACAUUUCCCCCACCCUGACGCCCCGUCAGGACCAGGGGCUCAGGGUGCAGCGGUUUCUGCAAGAAUGGAGAAGGGGACCCCGGCCAGACCCCACUGUGGCUCACCUAGAGCUAUGGAAAUUGACAAGAGAGUCUCUCCACCUUCGGGGACGCGCAGCUGCCAAGCUCCCCCGUCGGGGCUGGUCGGCGUGAACUUAGGGAUGGCCACAGAGGGGACAGCGAGAGCCACAUCCAGUGGGCCACAUCAUCCACACGACGCUGGCCUCACUGAGCGGCCUGAGAGGGCCCGCGAGUUCGGGGGUGUGCACCCCGGGGAAUCCCUGGUGCAGAGUCAGGGGCAGUCUCUGGGCAGCCAGACAAGCCCAGCCCCAGAGAGGGGCGGGCCCCGCAGCGGAGAGCCCCCUGGGAAGGUGGGGAAAGGAGAUCCGCCCGGUGGCGCGCAGGGCCCUGGGGCGCCUGAAGCCGGAAGGCCAGAGGACAGAACUGUGAAUGCGCAAAGCUCGGAGCUUUCUGAGGCCCCGAGCCGGGUCAGGCCACCCCCAGACCUGGGCUCUAUAGGCCCCGAGGUGACCCAGGGUGGGGCCCCAGUGAUCAGGGAGCCUCCACAGCGCUCCAGGGGAGUGGAUGAAGGGUCUCCAACGGCGUGGGGCUUGCUUGGGGGCAACCGCUCUGCACAGCCAGAGACCCAGGAGGUGGACGCAGGAAUUUCCUCUGGCCGAAUGCUGGAGGCUUUGCCCUCCUGGGAAGCCGUGAAAGAUCUGAAAGAACCUCCGUGCCUUCCUGGGGACAAGCUGGGGGUGCAGCCUGGGAGCUCCGGGGCUUGGCUGGGCCCCAUGGAGGCAGCCCAGCUGGCUUGGACGUGUGGCACAGGGGUGCAGUCGGAGGGUGCUUGGGGAAGCCCCCAGCAGGACAGAGCUACCCACCCCAGCCCAGAGCUGCUCUCCCCAGACGGGAAGGACAAGCCUUCCCCAAGAGAGGCCUGCAGCCCCAGCAAUAUACCCGCUGUCAUCAUCACAGACAUGGGUGCCCAGGAGGACGGGACCUUGGAGGAGGUACAGGGAAGCCCCCAGGGUAGCCUGCCCUUGAGGAAACUGUCAUCUUCAUCUGCCUCCUCCACGGGCUUCUCCUCCUCCUACGAAGACUCAGAGGAGGACAUCUCCAGUGACCCUGAGCGCUGCCUGGACCCCAACUCCGCCUUCCUGCAUACCCUGGACCAGCAGAAGCCCAGAGUGAGCAAAUCAUGGAGGAAAAUAAAAAACAUGGUUCACUGGUCUCCCUUUGUCAUGUCCUUCAAGAAGAAGUACCCCUGGAUCCAGCUGGCAGGACAUGCAGGGAGCUUCAAGGCGGCAGCCAACGGCAGGAUCCUGAAGAAGCACUGUGAGUCUGAGCAGCGCUGCCUGGACCGGCUGAUGGCCGACGUGCUGAAGCCCUUUGUACCCGCCUACCACGGGGACGUGGUGAAGGACGGGGAGCGCUACAACCAGAUGGACGACCUGCUGGCCGCCUUUGACUCUCCCUGCGUGAUGGACUGCAAGAUGGGCGUUAGGACCUACCUGGAGGAGGAGCUCACCAAGGCCCGGAAGAAACCCAGCCUCCGCAAGGACAUGUACCAGAAGAUGAUUGAGGUAGACCCUGACGCCCCAACCGAGGAGGAGAAGGCCCAGCGGGCUGUGACCAAGCCUCGGUACAUGCAGUGGAGGGAGACCAUCAGCUCCACCGCCACCCUCGGGUUCAGGAUCGAGGGCAUCAAGAAAGAAGACGGCUCCGUGAACCGAGACUUCAAGAAGACCAAAACGAGGGAGCAGGUCACCGAGGCCUUCAGAGAGUUCACUAAGGGGAACCACAACAUCCUGCUUCUUCAAAAGAUCCUGGACGUGUUUCGAGGUUCCCCAGAAGCCAACGGCGAGGGCGAGUCCUGA